AUGUCUUUUCUGAAUAUCACAAAGUCUUUGCAAAUAUCACAACCUCUUUCCUUUUCAUUACUAAUUUUUCAGUUUUUCCUUUAACACGGUUUAUAUCUGCCUGCCUUGUGUGUUUUCUUUUUCUUUGAUGGGGUUGGUCUCAACUAGUUAAAUUUCAAUUUUUGGUUGAUCAAGAAAUUAAGGGCCAAAGCUGAGUGAUUGGAGUUCAAGAAUGAAUGAUCAUGUGGAGAAGGUUUAUGUUAUUCUUGGAAAUGAUUUACAAGAUGGAUUCAAAACUUUGGAUUGGACAAUUAGGAAAUGGAAACCUAAUCCAAUCUCCAUAGUCAUUCUCCACCUUUCUUCCAACAACAUUUCCAAGGACUUUGUUUAUACCCCAUUUGGGAAACUCCCUGCAAGUUCUGUGAGUGAAGAGAAACUGCAAGUUCUCAGGAAGUACGAGCAAGAAAAGAUAGAAAAGUUACUUUCCAAGUUCAUAACUUUUUGUGGAAAGGUAAAAGCUGAAAUCUUGAAAGUUGAAAAAUCUGAUGAACCCAUUCACAGAGUCAUAAUUGAUUUAAUCUCAAGACACAAGAUUACCAAAUUGGUUCUGGGAUUAACAUUCUUGAGGUCUUCAUCAUGGAGAUCAAAGAAUGCCAUUAGUGGAUCAUUCUAUGUCCAUCAACAUAAACCGAAUUUCUGCGAAUUGUUCAUAAUUUGUGGAGGCAAAUUGGUAUUUCUCAGAAGAGAAAAUGAAGAAGCUGUAAUGGAGGAUGAUCAAGGAAGCAAUGUUACAAAAAAGGGUAACAUAAAAAGUUGGCUAGGAAAAAUUUUGCCUGAUCAUAACUCUCUAGGAAGACAUUCUCGAAUGUCUGCCUCUUCGAAAGGAUUUGAUUCGCCGAAUUUGCGAACUCAAUGGGAAAAUUGUGUUCUAGAGAUUCAAAAUUAUUAUGAGCAUUUGUUGUCUUUGAACUCAGAUGAAGAAGGUCGUGAGAAAGAAAGUGAUGAUAUUCUUCUACAGGUUGGUCCAUUGGAGAGAGGAGUAACGGAACCUACUAAUUCUAUAAUGAGGAGUAAAAUAAACGAAGCAAAGAAAAUAAUCCGGUUGAAAAAGGAAGAGGCCAAGGCAAAUGCAGAAAGGUCUGCAAAAGCCGAAUGGGCUAUCAGUUUAUGCAAUAGCAGGGUGGAGGAACUUGAAGAUAGGAUAAAAGAAGAGGUUACGAGUCAAAUAGAGAUAAAGAAAAGAUUGGAUAAUGAGAAAGAAGACAUUCAAGAAAUAAUAAGUGAUAUUGCAGAAAACAAGAACAGGCUAAAGUCAAUUCUUGAACUCCAGUCAGAGCUUUCUAGCAAGCUUCAAUUAUCAAGUAUAGCAAGAUCAAAUGCAGAAACUCAAUUAGAGAAGGCAGUGACUAUAAGGGCAGAAAUGGUGAGAGAGAUUGAAGAGUUAAGGCGACAAAGAGAUGUCCUUCAAAGAAGAAUUGAGUUUUGUAAAGAAAAAGAUGCAAUUGGAAUGGUGAAAAAGUUGAAUGCGUUAAGUUGUGGUUACAGAGAAUAUAGUGCAGAAGAUAUCAGAUUGGCUACCGACAGUUUUUCUGACAAUCUCAGAUUAAAGUCCGGCGGCGACUGGACUAAUGUGUACAGAGGGCGUCUUCAUAAUUCAACUGUUGCAAUCAAAUUGCUUAAUUCUGACAGAGGAUUGUCCCAGGAAGAUUUUCUAACUAAGGUGAAGUUCCUUAACAACAUUAGACACCCACAUUUGGUUGCCUUGUUGGGGUUCUGCACUGAGCAAAAAUGUAUAAUUUUCGAAUACAUGCACAAUGGAAGUUUAAGGGAAAUUUUGUUUUCCUCCCAAAGGAACCUCAGAAAAGUUAAAAGGGCCAUUGGGUGGCAUGAUCGUAUCAGAAUAGCCCAUGAGGUAUGUUCAGGCCUGGUCUAUCUGCAUAUGGCUAAGCCCAGGCCCAUUGUUCAUGGUCGCUUGGCCGUUUCUAACGUUCUUUUGGACCGUAACCUAGUUGCUAAGAUAAGUGGGUUUGGGUCAAGACAAUAUCAAAGUGAAAGUGACACACGGUCGGAUAUUCGGGCUUUUGGAGUUCUAUUAUUGCAUUUAUUGACUGGGAGAAAUUGGGCUGGGCUUGUUGAGGAGGCAAUAAAAAUGGACCGGACAGCCCUUGCUCGGGUUUUGGAUGAGUUGGCAGGACAAUGGCCAUUGGACUUGGCUGAGCAACUUGUUGUGAUAGCAAUGAAGUGCAUGUCCAUUAACUAUGGGCCCAAUACAGAUUUCAGUGUAGCAACUGUAUUGGAAGAACUUGAUGGGGUGAGGAAAAAGGCUAAUGAGAUGGUUGCCAAAGGUGUACCUGAGGGUAUUGUUAAAGAAAGUGUCGGUCAAGAGGAGCGUAGUGAAGUGCCUGGCAUUUUUCUUUGCCCUAUAUUUAAGGAUGUGAUGAAAAAUCCACAUUUAGCUGCAGAUGGGUUUUCUUACGAAUUGGAAGCCAUAGAAGAAUGGCUAAAGAUGGGACAUGAUACUUCACCUAUGACAAAUUUAAGGCUUAAGCACAAAUUCCUCACCCCUAAUCACACCCUUCGUUUCCUCAUCCAAGAAUGGCAUAACAAUAAAUCCAAUGUAACCUCAUAAUAUUAUGAUUUAUGCAUUCAUUUUGUACAUUACAAUUAUAAAUCAGAAUAAUAAGCAUAAUAAUUCUUUUGUUUCUU